UGACAGUUAAAAGUUAUUUUAUAGAUGUUGGUAGCACUGUUCAGAAAGAUGUCUGACGUUCGUGGUUUACUUUUCUCGCAAUUUCAGAACUAAUUAAUCAUAGUAGUGUCAUUAAAACCAUUUUAUUGUAAUAUUUAUUAUUAUUUCAACAUAUGUAAACGCGAUUACGUACACAAGACACAAUGGUUAAAAAAAAGAGACAGAGCGACCCUGGAGAAAAUGGAGACGAAUCAACAGAGUCUUGCGAAGAGAACGUAAAAUCCGCAUGUCCUCACGUCGCGAAAGCAGUAGAUCUGACUCGGCUAAAGAAAGCUAUUAAAAUCGGAGGAUUUGAAAAAGAAUGUUCAGAGUGCAAAAAAGUUGCAAAAACUGAGGUACUUGAUCCAGAUUUUGAAGAAGAUUUGUCCUUGUGGAUGUGUUUACGUUGUGGCACGCAACUCUGUGGCCGAACACGCAAUAAACAUGCUCUAAAUCACUUCAACACGCCUCAUUCUGACUGCCAUGCUCUCGCUGCUAAUUCCACCACCUGGGAAAUCUACUGUUACAACUGUAAUAAUGAAGUUACUGCAUCAACAGCCAAAAAACUCCAUGAGUGCAUAGAGUACCUCAAGAAGCAGUUCCUGGCCAGUAGCACUGUUAAAUCAUUGCCCCCUAUUGAGUUACCAUUUGAAACUAAAGACUUCUCUAUUAUAGAAACUAUAUCAAAGGAUCCCCUAUCAAAAGGAAAAGAUAAGGCAAUGGUUAAUUUAGGCCGUGUUAGAGGUCUAAGUAAUUUAGGAAAUACAUGUUUUUUUAAUUCUGUUAUGCAAUGCUUAGUUCAAACCCCAUAUCUAUUAAAAGUAUUGCAAGAGAUGUCUGUGCCAGGAGAAAAGUUCAAGUUACCAGGAGGAAAACUCAAGCUGAGAGGAGAUGCAGGUGAAUUAAAAGAUGUUGAUCUACCCCCUAUAGCUGGCCAGUUGGGAGAGUGGGGAACAUUAACAAGGACUUUAGCAGAAACAUUAGAGGAAUUACAGGGAGGUGAGGGUGGGGUUUACACUCCAAGGAAGUUAUUAUCGGCACUGGUUAAUAAACUCCCUCAAUUUGGAGGAGGAGACCAACAUGAUGCACAUGAACUACUAAGGCAUUUGCUAGAAGCUGUCAGAUCAGAGGAUCUACGCCGCUACCAAUCGGUGAUUCUGAGCAGUUUGGGAAUGAAUUCAAAGGUGGACCCUGCAAAAGUGGAUGGAGAAGUCAAACAAAAGGUCAAGUUUUAUGGUCAACAGGCUUCGGACACAAUGCUCAGGCCCGAACAGGUAUUCCGUGGCUUUCUAGUUUCGACCUUGGAAUGUCAAGAUUGCCUCCACCAAUCAGACAGAGCUGAAUAUUUUUUGGAUUUGUCUCUCCCAGUCGCGGCAUGUCGUCCUCAACCCCCGGCCGUAGCCAGGAGAAAAACUCCUAAUGAAGAAAAUGCGUACAAUACUCAAGAAGAGAAUAAGCCUUCGAAGCAUCAGCUCAAGAAAGAACGGAUCGCCGCUCGGAAAGCAGCCCGGAAGAACAAAGGAGCCGCGGGCGAGGGCGGCGCCGACACCAGCGGGCCCGCCAAGGAGGACGGCAACUCCUCCUCCGAGCAGUCCGACGCCGACGUGGAGGACAACCUGGAGGAGCAGCCGCGGCCCGGCCCCGCGCUCGCGCACACCGCCGCCAACUUCGCCGUCUACCACAUGGAGUCCGGCUACAACUCGGAGAAGGUCAUCAGCGCAGACUCCAUCCGCACCAGCCCCGUUCAUCUCGACAAGGAGAAGGCCGACAACACUCCGGAACGCACCGACAAGGACGGGCCCCCCGUCGCCAUCCCGCUCCAGUACGAGCCGCUCGAGAACCUGUCCAACCCUGAUUCCGGAGUCGCCAGCCCCGAGGCCACCAAGCACAACUCCACCGAGACCGUCCACGACGAGCCCUCGCCCGUCAAGCCGGAGUACGAGAGGCCCGCCUCCAGAAUAUCCUUCGCACCGGAGUACACCAACGAACUCGUUUCCCGGGGGAUCAGCGUCCAGGGGUGCCGCAACCUGCUGGAGAACAGCGUCGACAACAGCUACGACUCUCUCCUCGAAACCAAGACGCUCAACGAACUCAACGAGCAACUCGACAACCUGUACCUGGAGGAGCCUCCCCCUCCUGCGCCGCAGCCCCGGCCCGCGCCCCCCUCCCCGCGCUACGUGUGCGACGAGGACGAGUGCAGCGUGCACUCCUGCCUCGCGCAGUUCACGGCGCUCGAGCUGCUCACGGGCAACAACAAGGUCGGCUGCGAGCUGUGCACCGAGCGCGUCAACGGCAAGGGCGGGAAGACGAUCUACACAAACGCGACGAAGCGGUUCCUGGUGUCCAGCCCGCCCGCCGUCCUCAUCCUGCACCUCAAGCGGUUCCAGAUCGGGCCGCGAUGCAUGUUCCGCAAGAUGUCGAAGCACGUGGACUUCCCGACCGUCCUGGACCUGGCGCCCUUCUGCGCCAUGGACAAGGUGCGCGGCCAGGCCUCGCUGCUGUACGCGCUGUACGGCGUGGUGGAGCACUCGGGCGGCAUGCACGGCGGACACUACGUCGCCUACGUGAAGCUGCGGCGCGGCGCCCGCGGCUCGCCCUGCUUCCUGCCGCGCGGGGGCAACGCGCCGCCCCCGCCCCCCGAGCCCCCCGCCAGCCCCGACUCGGACCUGUCCGGCUACGAGUCCGGCGAGGCGGCGGCGGCCGAGCCCCCCGCCGGCCGCUGGUACUACGUGUCGGACAGCAUGGUGUCGGAAGUCAGCGAAGACAAGGUGUUGAGGGCGCAGGCCUACCUGCUCUUCUACGAGAGGAUAUUAUAGGCGCCCGCUCCACAUCCCGUACUGUUCUCGGUUCGUUCACACCGCGCUGCACCACAUGAACUCUAUGUAUCAAGUAUGACGAAGAACGUCGUACAUUCGUCAAACGAACUUGCAUAUGAUAGGAAUUUGCAGAUAAAUUAUUCAUUAUUAUUAAUUAAUUAUUAAUGAUAAUCAAUAUUUUAAUAUUAGUCGUUAAUAUAAAGUUGGACGACAGUGAGUGCGCGAAAUAAUUGAAUACAUCAGCAUGCGGCGGGGCGGGGCGGCGGGGCGUCGGGGGCGGGGGCGGCCGACUCCUCGAGUUUGUUAUCGAAGCGCGAUCACUGCCUUGUAAUGAAAAGACUUAAUUAUAAAUAUAUUUGUUCAAUUUAAAUUAGUGCAAUAGUUGUGUUAUAAUGAAAACUAAAGUAAAACUGCAAAUGGACAUCGUUCCGGACAGACUGCCGCAACCCGACGCGGGAGGCGCGUGUGCUCGCCCUCUGAGUGAACACUGAACAAGGAACGAGGAGGGAUCGGCAUCUCCGCAUUCGGCACCAAUGUCAGUUUAUGAUCGUUGUAGUUCUGCGUCCACUGUGUGUAGCGAUGUCUGGCUGUGGUUAUUAGUUUCUAAUAUUUUGUAUUCAAGUGCAUCUUUUACAAAAAGCAAUUUUAUUUCUUCUAUAUAAUUUAGUAUAGAUUCAGAUACUCAGUAGUACAUAUGAGCGUACAUAACGCAGAUCGAUCCGCCGACGCCGACCAGUUCACUCGGUCAUUUUAAUUUUGUUAAUUGUAGCUUACUUAUGUCGCAACAUAAUAUGUAUAAUUGGCUUAUUUUUACAAUGAAUUCUCUAUGUAUUUCGUAUUAAGAACCGAUAUCAAAAUAAAUGUAUUGAUAACAAA